AUGUCGUUGAGCCGUCUCGCACCAGCGUCGCGCGUUCUCAUUGCCUAUCGCGGAGCCGCCGUCGGACACGCGUCGACUUCCGCUUCAUCGACACCGAACUUGUUCGAGAAGAUUGCUUACCGAUUCAGAGGAAUUCCGCUUCCCGGAGAAAACGAAGCUCCAAAAUCAAUGUUCGAGGAUUGUAAUAAGGAAUGGUCGGCUCCCGAGCUGCUGCCAGCAGUUCCCAAGGAAAUCGAAGGACCCGAAAGAGAUCUUAAAAACUACCCAUACCCAGCUCGUCCAAUGUAUCCACCAAAAACGCGUCUCCUCAUGAUGCCAAACUCGUGGUUCACGCCGUUCGACAAGGUCACCGGCGUUUCGGGACCAUAUCUCUUCUACGGCGGUCUUUUCGCGUUUCUCGUCAACAAAGAGUUGUGGGUGUUCGAGGAGCAGGGACACAUGACGGUCGGCUGGAUUCUGUUCUAUUUGCUCGUCUCAAGAACCGUUGGAUAUAAAAUCGAUGCCGGCCUCUACAACGACUACCAAAAUCGAAUGAAUCACUUCAAGAGUUUGAUCGCGGAGGAUUUGAAAGACGCCGUCGAGUUCCGCAAAACAUCUGCCAAAAAGACGGAAUCAUUCAACGCAAUCAAAGAGUCCGUGCCGAUUUCGCUCAAAGAAGCCAUGCAGCUUCAAUUAGAGGCUACCUACAGAAAGAACGUCGACAAGCUGACGAACGAGAUCACUCGCCGCAUCGAUUAUUUGAAACAGACGGAAGAGACGAAAGCAAGAUUCGAGAGAGAUCAACUUCUGAAGCUUAUCAACGAAGGGGUCGAGAAGCAAGUGAGCCAGAAGGACUUCAAGGACAAAUUCCUCCAAAACGCCAUUCAGCAAUUGAAAGGAAUCGCCGUUUAG